AUGCAAGAAUUAAAGUUGAUAGGAAAGGAAUGUCCAAUUGCCAGAGGAGGAUGCAACUUUUUACAAUACGAUAAAGGCAAGUACUUGGUGAUAGGAGGAGUCAAUCGAUCAGAAAAUGGAUUGCAAGAGUUUAAUGAUUUUUGGACAUUGCAUUUGCCUCUCAAGGACGGCAAUUUGGCAGGAAUUUGGAAAGAAUUGACUCUAGAAAAUCAAUAGCUCUACACAUCACGUUCAAGUUAAGCAGCAUGUAUAAGCGAUGACAAGAUGAUUUACAUUUUCGGGGGUUAGAAAUUCUUGGAAUCUCAAUCAACUGACGAAUUCUACAGGAUCGAUACAGCGUAGAAGGUGUUAACCAUAGUAAAAUCUAAGAAUAAGCCAAAAGCUAGAAAUUCUCACACAUUAACCUACUUUAAUGAAAGAUUGUUUUUAUUUGGCGGUGCUAAUGAAAAUGGCCCAUUGAAUGACUUACACAUCUAUGAUAUCAAAAGUGAAGUAUGGUAGCAGAUCAAGGAUGUUUCAGAAUUGAUAAUGGCUAGGGAGAUGCAUACUGCUCACAUUUUAUAGAUGAACUUAAAGCCAUUGAAAAAGAGUGAAGAUAAUAAGGCUUAAAAGUUGAUUGGAAUAUUUAAUGAAUUAUAAGGAGAAUAAAAGGAGUAAAUUUAACAAAUAGCAGUUAAAGAGUAAAUAAUUGAGUAAGCUAAUAAUGAAAUUUAAUAAUAAUAAUAAAAAGAAUAAGAAUAAUAGUAAUAGUAAGAUCAAUAAUAAUAAUAGUAAUAAUAAUAAAUAAAAGAUAAUUAAUAAGAUUAUCUAAUUAUCUUGGGUGGUAGAAAUAAAAAUGAUCUUUUACAGGAUAUUCAAGUCAUUAAUUUAUCCACCUUCGAAGUAGAUUAGAUUGAAAACCUUCCAACUCCAUUAUGUGCUCAUACUUCUGUGAAAGUCAAAUAGGAUAUCUGGAUUUUUGGAGGUUGUGAUGGUGCUUCUUUAAAUUCAAAUAUCUAUUAGUUACAGGAUUAAACAAUCAAGAAGGUUGGUACUAUAUAGACAGCCAUAAUGGCUAGUAGUGCAUUGUAUUCAGAAGAGUUAAAUAAGAUUAUUAUAUUUGGAGGGUGCACUUUAGAUAGAGAUUUAAAUUAGACAUUUGUUGUACAAAUUUGA